AUGGAGACAGCUUCAAAAUUUAUUGAUCAAAUAUCAGCAAUUAAGCUUAACAUCAAUCUGCAGGACACAUGGACAUGGAGAGUUGAACCUAAUGGGAAUUUAUCUACUAAAAUUGCAUAUCAAGUUAUCAAAUCUGAGCAAUUUUAUGAAGGCCAGCACCUGGGUUUUCAGCAACUUUGGGAGAUUAAAAUUCCUCCUAAAGCCUUAACUUUUGCUUGGAGAUUGUUAUGGGAUAGACUCCCUACUAAGGACAAUUUAAUUAAGAGACAAAUCCUCAUUGACAAUGGCCUUUGUCCCUUCUGGCAUAGCCAACCUGAAUCCGCUUCUCAUUUGUUCUUCUCAUGUGCUAAGGUUCUGCCUCUCUGGUGGGAUUUCUUUUCUUGGGUGAAGGAAGAUAGGGUCAUCCAUUGUAGGCCCAUCGAUAACUUCCUCCAGCAUCAUCCUUUAGCAGGAUCAAAGGGGUCUAAUAGAAGAUGGAAGAUGUGGUGGAUAGCAGUUACAAAUACAAUCUGGAAGUUCAGAAAUGAGUUGAUUUUUCAUAAUCAACCCUUCGAUAUCUCUAAGCUGGCUGAUUCAACUCUUUUUCUCAUGUGGACUUGGCUGUGGGGUUGGGAAAGGGACUUCAAGGCAAAGUUUGAUAUCGCAGAAGCUACGAAGGUGAAGACGAAGGUUAUGUCAACAGUAGCGACGAGAUGGCGACAAUUUAAGUCCACAUUGACUAGCAAAUUUGUGUUUGCUAAGAGUGAAGGUCAACAAACACAGGAUGUUGUGACAAAAUAUGGACUAGAUCCUGAAGCAUGGAAACAAUUUGAAGAAAACCGGCUCACACCUAACUGGGAG